CCCCCGCAGCUGUCAUUGGGCACAAUGUCAGCCUCAGAGACAGACUGAUGUUCUCACUCACAAGAAACCCUGAGUGUUGUCGGAGCUGCCGACGUCCUCACGUGCUCAGUUAAUCAUCUGCCCACGCCAGGAUGCAGAGAAAUGUUUCCGCUUGUUUGUCAUCACCGCGUUCUCUCCUGACUGGUGGAUGUUAGACGCCGCCGCUGUUUGUUUUUCAAGUUUUGACCUGUCGCUUCCGUCUUUUUGACAGUGAUUUUUUUCUUCUUCUUCUCCUUCUUCCUCUCUCCUCGGGAAGCGCCUGGUGAUCAUUUUGUGGCCACACGCAGUAAUGCGAGCAGAGGGGCUGGAGGCUGGCGGAGACCGGGACUGAUCUUCACACACACACCGUGCGCGUCUCUUUUCUUUCUUUGGACACAUCUCGGAGAGAUAACUGUGGUUUGGCUUUCUCAGCCCGCGCUCUCUUCUUGGCAUUGCGAUGUCCACAAGGAAGACAUCGUUGACGGACAAGCAGGCUAAAAACGGGACGUCAAAAUAUGUGUUGGAGAGAUGCGCUUCUAUUAACGAGUAUUAUGAUAUUGCCUUCAAGGUGAUGCUGCUGGGAGACUCGUCCGUGGGGAAGACAUGCGUCUUGGUGCGCUUUAAAGAUGGGGCAUUUCUGGGAGGCAACUUUAUAGCCACCGUUGGAAUAGACUUUAGGAAUAAAGUGGUGGAUGUCGACAACCUCAAAGUCAAACUCCAGAUCUGGGAUACAGCUGGCCAAGAGAGAUUCCGAAGCGUAACGCACGCCUACUACAGAGAUGCCCAGGCGCUACUUCUGCUUUAUGAUAUCACCAGCAAGAUGUCGUUUGACAAUAUCAGGGCUUGGCUGACUGAAAUACAUGAGUAUGCCCAGAAGGAUGUGGUCAUCAUGUUGCUCGGCAACAAGUCAGACAUGGCUGCAGAGAGGGUCGUGAAGACGGAGGAUGGAGAGAAGCUGGCAAAGGAAUAUGGUGUACCAUUUAUGGAGACGAGUGCGAAGACAGGAGUCAAUGUGGAGCUGGCCUUUCUCGCUAUAGCAAAGGAGCUGAAGCACAGAGCGACACAGCAGCCAAACGAGCCCAAGUUCCAGAUACACGACUACAUCGAGUCUCAGAAGCAAAAGUCUGGCUGCUGCGGCCAUAUGUAGCUGAUCCUGAUUACCAGGCAGAGAGAGACACACAGAGAGAGAUGGAGAGAGGGAGUUAGGAGUGGGAACGAGGUAAACAAAAAAAAAAACAACAAAAAAACAAGAAGUCUGCUGUCUUAUGAAAAGCCAAUCCCAGCACCAAAUCUGAGAAGCGGACGACCUCGUCUUCUCCACUGAGCCUUUAGCUUGAAUGGAAAUCUGGAUUGGCUGCCAUCCCUUUUCUGAAAUGUGAAUUUAAAGCUCUUUUAUGUCAUGCGUAGAAAUGUUUGUGGUCUUUGUGGUGACAGUUGUAUCAAACUACAAGUCAGGAGUUACAAUCUGAAAUGCUAUAUCCAUCUGCAGGGACUAACAGAAAACAUUUGUCAUUCUACUCUCAUAGCUGCAAACUCAAAAUCCCUCAGUGUUGGAUUCAAGAUAUGGUUCCCUUGUGAUUUAUGUAGAUAUAGAGGUUUUUUUUUAUUAUAUGGGUGAAGAAGCAUCUGUGCUUUGCCUGGGCAGAAAUAUUGCACUCAAAACUACUCCCUCAAAGUCUGCUUGAAUCCACAGUGUCAGUACCAAGUAUCUAAAUAUCUUGUUCAGCUCUGAAUAAAGUACAAUUAUCAGCAGGCCAAA